AUGGCGGCGAGAGAGCUCGAGGUUCCCAUCGCUGACGAAGCCGCAGCAAACACCGCGGCUCCUGCUCCGGAGGAGGCCGAUGGUGGCGGCUUGAAGGAGCUCCUAGACGUGCCAUGGAUCACUCGCCGAACUGGUGUGGAUCUGAUCAUCAUCACCGUCCUUGGCAUUGCUUUGGGCUUGAUCUCCGUUCCGUACUGUGCUGGUGUGGAGAAGAUCCCGGAGCUGUGGUUAGAGCACUUCGGCCCUCCAGGCCUCAUUGACAACGUGCACAACCUCUCCUUCUGUGCCGGUUCCACCAACUGGAUCCUUCUUUGUUGGGGCUUUUGCACGGUCGCCGGGGCGCUGAAGGCGUCACUGGACCUUGACAAGUACCCUUCUUUCAUUGACGAGCUCAAGCACCAGCACAGCGACCCCAUCGUCUCCUUGAAGGUGGUCACCUGUUGCAUUGCAUCCCUCGCCGCCGGUGCCGUGAUGGGCUUGGAGGCGGGAUUGGGCUCGGUUGGUGGCGCCUUGGGCUACCUCACUUUCCGCGGCGUGGAGAGGUGCAUGCCCUCGGAGGACGAAGGGGCAGCCGAUCUGAGGAGGCGCACCUACAUCCUUGCGGGCUUAGCAGCGGCCUUUGGAACGAUCCUCCCUGCACCUUUCGUGGCAAUGAUCCUCGUGGCUGAGAUCGCCUCCGCUGGCACGGAGAGACACGCCGGCGAGGACGAGUUCAUGUCAGGACGAAGACUUCCUCGGAAAGUCCUGGCCUUUUUGGUGCCCGCCGCUACUGCAUCCUUUGUGAUGCGAUGGGCGAUUGUCGCCACGCCCCUCACCAACCAUCCAUACUACGCCAAGCCCUACGACAACCUCUCCGUCUUCCUGGGGCUCGGCCUGGGUCUUCUCGCAGCAGCCGCGGCGUUGAUCUUUGUCCUCAUUGGUGCUAUCAUCAAGGUGAUCUUCGGCUUGAUUGGCCGUCCGCUUGAGAGAAAGCUGGGAAAGCGCGCGCGGCAGCUGGUCCUCGCGUCCCUCGCAGGCCUCAUCACGGGCGUGGCCACGUUCAUGUAUCCCCUGGCGAUCAGCAGCGGUAAGUCUGCCAUGGAACCCACGAUGAAGUUCGCACUUUUCCUGACCACCACCGACCUCUUAGGUGCUGCUGUGGCCAAGUGUGUGGCAUACUGGGCCUGUGCUCACGGCGGCCUCGUGGGCGGAAUCUUCUUUCCGCUCCUCUACUACGGUCUGACUCUCGGAGAGGUUUGUGCGAAGGUCUUCAACAUUAGCCGGGCAGUGGCUGUUCCAGUGAUGCUGGGCGCAGUGCCUGGCGCGCUGCUCCCCGCGCCGCUUACGGCGUUGUCCUUUCCUGUGGGGCUGUUCGUCACAGGACCGGUGCAGACCGUGCCUAUCCUGGUUGCCAUCGUCACCGCCUCUAUGCUCCUGGUGGGCAGCGGCUUUCUCGAGAAGCUCAUGGUGAAGAGGGCCUAA